AUGAGGGUCUCAUCGGCAUUCAUGGACCUCCCCGCCCCCGAUAUCAACCCGGGGCGCCCCCAAAACAUCCAUGAGGGCAACAUAUUUGACCAUGAAGGCGUCUCCGAGGCGAUCCAACCACUACCAUAUUACCCGGAGCUAAUGGCUGACAGUAUGCCCUGGGGAAGUUGGGGAUCACCGGCACCGCCUCAGGAAGAGGCAGUUUGGACAACAGCCGGGGCUACGGAAACGAGUCUGCAAGAUGCCAGCGCUGCCCUAGCUUCAAAUCGAACUCGAUCUGGCCGUCGUGUUACUCAGCCAGCUGUUCGAGAAGUCGAGCCUGUGACAACAAAAGGGCCACCUGUCAAAGCGGCAGCAAAAAAGCGGAAGCGUCUGAACCGCCAGGUGAAUAUAGUUUGCACCGGCUGCUACCGAGGACACAGCCCCUCGAACAAUUUGAUUGUUCUAUGUGACUCAUGUGAUGCUCCGUGGCAUCAGAAAUGUCACAGUCCGAACAUUGAUAAUGAGGUUAUCGAAAUCCCGGAGAUGAAUUGGUUUUGCAUCAAGUGUAAACCUGAGCAACGUCAGACAGCCCAGACCAAAUCUCGAAAGAAUGGUGCAACGAAAGUGAAAAAAGUCGGACGCCCGAAGAAGCAGCCUGGGCCUGAAUCUCAAAUUGGUGGAAAUUAUUAUUCAGAAGAAGAACGACGGGCGUAUCUAUCAUCUCUUUCGCAUGAUUCGCUAGUCCAGCUUGUAGUGAAAGUCUCAAACGAGUGGCCGUCGGUUCCUAUGUUUCCCCCCGACAUGCAGCCCGGGACUGAUUUCACUCUGUCACCCUCUGCGACACCACACAACCAUCGACCUUCCAACCUUACGCCAAAGAAAAACGAUCGUUCUACCUUACUUGAUUGGGAAAAUCUGGAACCCCCGUCUGAGAACGCUAAUGCUAUGGAUUCGACCCAACGGAUCGGCAAGGCUUAUGUUACCACAGCUCCUGAAGCUACUGCCUUGGACGCCGAUAAAGUCUUUGCUACAAUGGUCUCCGAUGCUGUUCCCAACCCCGCUUCCGCAGCGGCUCUUGGUGGCAUUACUAUGGACCAGAUUUCCGCCGGAAUUUCUCACGCGCAUGCUUCCACAACUGCUCCCCAGGCUUCUACCACAACGACUUCGCAGACCCCUUCCAGGGCCGCGCGUAGAUUUACAUCUCAAGCUGCGCCUGCAGCUACACGUGCUCGCAAGGCCUCUUUCGCUUCCUCGAACUCUGACUUGCUCACCGACGACGAGUCAUCAUACUCCCAAUCUCGACUACAAUCACCCACUCCAUCUGCGUCUCAGUCGUCACACGUUGAAUCCCAGCAUGAAUCCGAUUAUGACCCUGGAGAUUACCGCGCUUACCCCGAAGCUGGUCAGGGCUUUCAGGUGCCGUCGACCCCAAGGGAUCUCCACAUUAUGGCUGAGGAUAAGAAUUGCCUUACCUUCAGUCAUUCUAUCCGAGGCUCAGCUAAGGAGGCUCGGAAUAAGAAGCCUUAUUCCCCGCUAGGUCAGCGCAAGCAGUGGUGA